UCCUAAUUAGUGUGUGUGAUUUACAUUCCUGAAUUUGUUCAAGUUCCAUUUUUUUUCUUGCAUUUGCUAUUCGAAAUGGAUAAUGAUUCGCGUCUUCCGCAAACGAAGUACCAAAACUCGGCUGCCGAUUCGCCGAGAUCGUACACCGGCGAUUUCAGUUUCGGAGAGAGCACGGAUCGCCGAUUCGCGUACUCCCGGCAUCAGAGCGCCACCGUCAAGCCCCACACGCCGCAGCAUCAGCUGACGCGUAGCGGUUCAAGCAUUGAUAUUCCGCCUGGAAGUUAUUUUCCGGAUUAUAGGUUUUCGAAUUCCAAGGAAAAGGGUGAUGCGUUUUCGUUUGUUCCGUUGAUUUUGGGAGGAUUGAGGUCUGGAAACAAGCAGAUGAGGCGGUUGUUCGUGCUGAUUUCGCUUAAUGUCGCCUAUUCUACUACUGAGUUGUUCCUUGGCCUCUUCUCUGGGCGUAUCGGCUUGGUAUCAGAUGCAUUUCAUUUGACUUUUGGCUGUGGCCUGUUGUCAUUUUCAUUGUUUGCAAUGGCUGCUUCUCGACAAAAUCCAGAUCGCACUUACACAUACGGGUACAAGAGACUAGAAGUUUUAUCUGCUUUUACCAAUGCUCUAUUUCUUUUAUUUAUGUCGUUCUCCUUAGCUGUGGAAGCACUUCACGCUUUCAUACAAGAUGAGUCCGAGCACAAGCAUUAUUUGGUCAUCUCAGCUGUCGCCAAUUUGCUGGUAAACCUUAUUGGUGUUUGGUUCUUCAGGAAUUAUGCCCGAAUCAGUAUUGCAUACAGAAAAGCUGAAGAUAUGAACUAUCACUCCGUUUGCUUGCAUGUUCUGGCUGAUUCCAUUCGCAGUGCAGGGUUGAUCCUAGCAUCCUGGAUGCUUAGCCUUGGGGUUGCCAAUGCUGAAGUCUUGUGUUUGGGACUAGUCUCAGUGACAGUUUUUAUGCUUGUCAUGCCACUGUUCAAAGCCACAGGCGGUGUCCUCCUACAAAUGGCACCACCUAGCAUUCCCCCUUCAGCUUUGAGCAAAUGCUGGAGACAGGUUAGUUCGCGUGAAGACAUUACAGAGGUUAGUGAGGCUCGUUUCUGGGAGUUGGUGCCAGGGCAUGUCAUUGGCUCCAUUUCACUACAGGUGAAGGAAGGAGUCGAUGAUCGACCUAUACUCCAAUAUGUCCACAGUUUGUACCAUGAUAUUGGCGUACAGGAUUUGACAGUACAAAUUGAGUGUACUUGCCAUCAAUGAUUUCCAGUUGAAAACCAGUUUUGGUUAUGCAAAGUUGAGGAGAACUGAUAAAACUGAAAAGAACUAUUGGCUUAUUUAAUGGUAGGAGCUACCACACUAGAUCUACAAUUGCUUUUUUUUCAUGUUGGUUUGUAAUUAUCUGGAAAUUUUGUAGAUUCCAAAUAUACAUACAUUAUGGAUUAUACAUAGACAUGAGGACUUUUAUUGAAAGAAUUUUCGUUUCAUUAA